AUGCCAUCUCUCGAACUUCAGAGAGUUUUGGGACCAAUUCCGUCGACUCAGAGGAAUUUCUCGAGCAAACUUUCAUUCAACGUAGAUGCCAAUUGUAUUGCCUUUGGAUGUGGUAAAUCUGCGUUUAUUCGGUCUUUGGACGGUGAUGUAUGCGUCCAGUUUACAGGACACGGUGCGAAUGUGAGCGUGGUUAAAUUCGCUCCAUGCAAAGGGUCCAAUUAUGUAUGUUCUGGUGAUGAACAAGGAAAAGUUAUGGUUUGGAGUUGGACUCCAGAAGAAGGUGCUACGCUGAAAAAUGAGUUUCAAGUUUUGGCUGGUGCAGUGAGCGAUAUAAGCUGGGAUGUGGAGGGGAAAAGAUUGUGCGUUGUAGGCGACGGACGUGACAAUUUCGGAGCAUUCAUUUCGUGGGACACUGGCAAUUCGUUGGGAGAAGUAGGUGGCCAUUCCAAGAAAGUGAACGCUUGUCACAUUAAACAAAGUCGUCCAAUGAGGUGUUUUACGGUGGGAGAUGACGGUGCCGUGGUUUUUUAUCAAGGACCGCCUUUCAGAUUUGCUGGCAGUGAUCGUACGCAUCACGAACAGGGCAAAUUCAUUCGUGACGUGGCAUUUUCGCCGGGUAUUGGUACCUACGCUGUUACGGUAGGAAGCGAUCGUCGUAUUUGCUGUUUUGACGGUAAGACGGGAGAAUUCCUGAAGCAUGUAGAGGACCCCGAAGAUCCCGUUGAUGGUGGAAUAUUUGCCGUGGAUUGGUUGCAACAUGGUGACGAAUCAACCAAAUUUGUAACUGCCAGUGCCGACGCUGCGAUCCGCGUGUGGGACAUCAAAACGGGCAAAGUGAUUCAAAAAUGGGUUCUCUCACGUGAAUUGGCCAACCAACAAGUCGGGAUAGUAGCAGCGGGGCCCGACACUGUGGUAUCGGUCUCAUUGGAUGGUGCGUUGAACGUUUUCCAAGUGGGACAAGAAAUGUCAGUUCAACGCAUCGAGGGGCACAACAAGGGCAUUACUGCGAUCGCUACGAACCCGCUAGUCUCAGGUUCUUACGAUGGUAGGCUCGUCAAGUGGGAUGACACCACUAAAAACCCAAAAAUGACGAAUUCCCAUUCUAAUUUGAUUGUCACUAUUGAUACAGGCGACUCAGUCUCCUCGGUUUCGUGGGACGACACUCUGCAGGUCAAUGGAAGUGUCAAACACGAAUUUCCGUGUCAACCGAUGGUCGCGUCUUCCAACCAAUCUGCAAUUGCAGUUGCGACGGUUGAUAACGAGAUUCAACUGUUCCAUGCCACCACAGGCGAACUCAUUGCCUCCACCAGUGUACUAGGAGCUGUCUCCGCCAUUUCAUUAGGGAACGAGCUGGUGGCAGUAGGAUACGACAAGACCAAUAUGAUCGAAAUUUUCAAAGCCUCGAAUCUUUCCCCUCAGUUUAAAUUCGAACACAAACUUCAAGCCACACCCUCAUGCUUGUCAUUCUCCCCUUCAGAGGCUUACCUCGCUGCUGGGGACGUUAUGGGUAAGAUUAUUCUUUAUGACGUUUCGUCCAAGACCGUGAAAACUACUCGUUGGUCUUUCCACACUGGCCGUAUAAACUCAAUGGCAUGGAGACCAGUUACGGGCAUAGAUGAAGAAGAGGACUACGUUGCUACAGCGUCCUUGGACACGAAUCUGUUUGUGUAUUCCGUCAAAAGACCCAUGAAGAUAAUAAAACAAUUGAACGUUCAUAAGGACGGAAUUUCGGCGACAGCGUGGUCAGAUCAACGCCAUCUUUUCAGUGCAGGUGCUGACGCCUGCAUUAAAGAGUGGGAAUUUGACUUGAACUAG